GUGUAGCAUCAAGUCAGAGUCAGUUAGAUAAGAAAACAGACUAAAGACACUCUUUCAGUCAGGCGGCGAUACAGCAGAACAAUAUUCAGGAGUUAUUUUUAGGUUUAAUUGCAUUGCUGCACGUUAACAAAGUCUUAAAAGAGACUGUAGAGUGAGGUUUUAGCGGAGUGUUCAUACCGAGCUAACGGAGGGAAACAUGGCUGAGACGGACGGAGUCCUGAAGUCGUACUUUGAGAACAAGGCCCUGAGCAAGCCCAAGAAAAAUGAGAAGAGGCUCUCUGUGGAGCGGAUCUACCAGAAGAAGACCCAGCUGGAGCACAUCCUGCUCCGGCCCGACACCUACAUCGGCUCUGUGGAGCCGCUCACGCAGCAAAUGUGGGUUUAUGACGAAGAUGUAGGGAUGAACUGCAGAGACGUCACAUUUGUGCCUGGCCUCUACAAGAUCUUUGAUGAGAUCCUAGUCAAUGCUGCGGAUAACAAGCAGAGAGACUCUAACAUGAACUGUAUCAAGAUCAACAUUGACCCGGAGAACAACACCAUCAGUGUUUGGAACAACGGGAAGGGAAUUCCUGUGGUGGAGCACAAAGUGGAGAAAGUCUUUGUGCCUGCACUCAUCUUCGGCCAGCUGCUCACAUCCAGCAACUAUGACGAUGACCAGAAGAAGGUUACAGGUGGUCGUAAUGGUUAUGGUGCAAAGCUGUGCAACAUCUUCAGCACCAAGUUCACCGUGGAGACUGCCUGUAAAGAGUCCAAAUUCUCCUUCAAACAGACAUGGUAUGAUAACAUGGGCCGUGCAGGUGAGGCGAAGAUCAAGCCGUUCAGCGGAGAUGACUACACCUGCAUCACCUUCCAGCCAGAUCUAGUAAAAUUCAAGAUGCAGGCGCUGGACCGAGACACUGUGGCUCUCAUGACCAGAAGAGCGUACGAUGUUGCCGGCUCCAGCAAGGGUGUGCGUGUGUUCCUCAACGGCAGCAGGCUGCCAGUGAAUGGUUUCCGUAGCUACGUGGACCUGUACGUGAAGGACAAAGUGGACGAAACGGGGUCUCCGCUCACUGUUGUGCACGAGCUGGUAAACCCACGCUGGGAGGUGUGUCUCACUAUGAGCGAAAAGGGAUUCCAGCAAGUCAGCUUCGUCAACAGCAUCGCCACCACAAAGGGUGGAAGGCACAUAGACUAUGUGGCAGACCAGAUUGUGGCGAAACUGAUCGAAGUGGUGAAAAAGAAGAAUAAGGCCGGUGUGGCAGUCAAACCGUUCCAGGUGAAGAACCACAUGUGGCUGUUUGUGAACUGCCUGAUUGAGAAUCCCAGCUUUGACUCUCAGACCAAAGAGAAUAUGACUCUGCAACAGAAGAGCUUCGGAUCCACCUGCGCCCUCAGCGAGAAGUUCGUCAAGCAGGCAAAUGGAUGUGGAAUUGUGGAGAGUGUAAUGAACUGGGUGAAGUUUAAGGCUCAGAAUCAGCUCAACAAGAAAUGCUCUGCUGUCAAACACACAAAGAUCAAGGGCGUGCCCAAACUGGACGACGCCAACGAUGCAGGUGGUAAGAACUCAGUCGGCUGCACUCUGAUCCUCACUGAGGGAGAUUCGGCCAAAACCCUGGCCGUUUCUGGGCUAGGUGUGGUUGGUCGAGAUCGCUACGGGGUCUUCCCCCUGAGGGGUAAAAUGCUCAACGUGCGAGAGGCCUCUCACAAACAGAUCAUGGAGAAUGCUGAGAUCAACAACAUCAUUAAGAUCCUUGGUCUGCAGUACAGGAAGAACUAUAGUGACCCUGAGUCGCUCAAGUCGCUUCGUUACGGAAAGCUGAUGAUCAUGACAGAUCAGGAUCAAGAUGGGUCUCAUAUUAAAGGGCUUCUGAUCAACUUCAUCCACCACAACUGGCCCUCACUGCUACGCCACAACUUUUUGGAGGAGUUCAUCACUCCCAUCAUUAAGGUGUCCCAUAAGAACCAGGAGCUUUCUUUUUACAGUAUCCCUGAAUUCACAGAAUGGAAAGAGAAGCAAAGCAACCUCAAAUCAUGGAAAAUCAAAUACUACAAAGGUUUGGGUACCAGCACAGCCAAAGAGGCCAAAGAGUAUUUCUCGGACAUGGCGAGGCAUCGCAUCCCGUUUAAAUACUCUGGGCCUGCAGAUGAUGAGGCUAUCACCCUGGCCUUUAGUAAGAAGAAAGUGGAGGAGAGAAAGGAGUGGCUCACCAGCUUCAUGAUCAACAGACGCCAGCGCAGAGAGCACAACCUGCCAGAGGAGUACCUGUAUGGUAAGGAGACGUCGUCCCUCACCUACCAUGACUUCGUCAACAAGGAGCUGGUGCUGUUUUCCAACUCUGACAACGAGCGCUCCAUCCCUUGCCUGGUGGACGGUCUGAAGCCAGGCCAGAGGAAGGUGCUGUUCUGCUGCUUCAAGCGAAAUGAUAAGAGGGAAGUGAAAGUGGCUCAGCUAGCUGGUUCAGUCGCUGAGAUGUCCGCCUACCACCAUGGAGAGACGUCGCUGAUGAUGACUAUUGUGGGUCUGGCACAAAACUUUGUGGGCAGCAACAAUCUGAACCUGCUUCAGCCUCUGGGUCAGUUUGGCACGCGCCUGCACGGAGGCAAAGACUCAGCCAGUCCCAGAUACAUCUUCACCAUGCUCAGUUCUCUCACCCGGCUGCUGUUCCCGUCUGUGGAUGACAACCUGCUUAAGUACAACUAUGACGAUAACAUGAAGGUGGAGCCUGAGUGGUACAUUCCCAUCAUUCCCCUAGUUCUGGCCAACGGUGCUGACGGUAUUGGUACGGGCUGGGCCAGCCGAAUCUACAACUACGACGUCCGUGAGAUCGUCAGCAACAUGCACCGUAUGCUCAACGGCGAUGAGCCGCUGCCCAUGCUGCCCAGCUACAAAGGUUUCAGAGGUACCAUCGAGGAGCUGGCGACCAACCAGUACAUGAACAGCGGAGAGGUGGCCAUCAUUGACUCCACCACUAUUGAGAUUUCUGAGUUGCCUGUGAAAACUUGGACUCAGACAUACAAAGAAAACGUGUUGGAGGUCAUGCUGAACGGCUCGGAGAAGGUCCCUGCCCUGAUCACGGACUAUAAGGAGUACCAUACGGACACCACUGUCCGCUUCGUGGUGAAAAUGACUGAGGAGAGGCUUCGAGAGGCUGAAGCUGCAGGUCUGCAUAAAGUUUUCAAACUGCAGAACCCCCUCACCUGCAACUCCAUGGUGUUGUUUGACCAUGUGGGCAGUCUGAAGAAGUACGAGACAGUGCAGGACAUCUUGAAGGACUUUUUUGAGCUGCGACUGAAGUACUACGUCCUGAGGAAGGACUGGCUGCUUGGAAUGCUGGGAGCCGAGAGCGCCAAGCUGUCCAACCAGGCCCGCUUCAUCCUGGAGAAAAUCCAGGGCACUCUUGUCAUUGAGAACAAACCCAAGAAGGAGUUGAUCCGCAUGCUGCAGGAGAUGGGUUACGACUCAGACCCUGUUAAAGCGUGGAAACAAGCGCAGGAGAAGGAAGUGGAGGAGGAGGCAGGAGAGGAUGAUGACCAGAAAGAGGAACAGUCAUCAGGCCCUGACUACAACUACCUGUUAAGCAUGCCCAUGUGGUUCCUCACUAAAGAGAAGAAAGAUGAGCUUUGCAAGCAAAGAGAUGCAAAGCUGACGGAGUUGAAUAUGCUGAAAAAGAAGACCCCUUCAGAUUUGUGGAAGGGGGAUCUGGCUGCCUUCACUGAGGAACUGGAGCGUUUGGAGCAGGCUGAGAAGGAGGCCCAGACCACAGUGACCCAGGUGAAGAGUAAAGGGGGCAGAGCCAAAGUGGUGAAGAUGAAGGACGAGACCAAGCCCACGCCUCAAGGCCGCCGAGUCAUCCCCCGCAUCACCAGCACCAUGAAGGACCAGGCCGUCAAGAAGGCAGACAAAAAGGGAGGAGGCAAGAAAGGCGCAGUCAAGUCUGAGGGUGAUGGGGGUGUGGUGAUGAAGAUGGAGUUUGAAGAUGAGGAAGGAGACCCUCAGGAGAUGGGACUGGCUGCACGUCUCACCAAGAAGGUCAAAAAGGAGCCCGCCAAAGAGAAAGGCUCCAAGUCAGGGAAGCAGACCACACUCCAGUUUAAACCUGUGAAGAAAGAGAAGAAGAGAAGCCCCUGGUCUGAUGAGGAGGAUGAGGAAGACAGUCCUUCAGCCUCUGAUGUGACCACAAGCCCAGUGGAAGCAGCCCCGAGAGAGAAACUCGGAAGAAAAGCUAAUGCUGCUGUUAAGUACUGCCUGUCCAGCAGCGAGGAUGAGUCUGAGAACUGGGAGAGUUUGGGCAAAAAGAAAGCUCCAGCAGCUGUUGAUGAUGAUGACGAUGACGAUAUGUUUGCUCCAGAGCCCAAUGCGCUUUCUGACAGUGAGCAGGACUCUCCUGUCCGGCCUCCACCGAAAAAAACAGCAGCAAAACCUAAAAAGCCAGUGGAGGAGAAAGAGGCAGUCACGAGCGUGGUCACCUCUGAAAGUGCUGCUUCUAAACCUCCAGCCAAGCCCAAAGAAAAAGCUGUGAAAAAAGCAGCAGAUGGAGGUGCCAAGAAACCUGCAGCUAAGAAGACAGCUGCUGCCCCCAAGAAGAAAGGAGCAACUGCUGACGUGAAGCAGCCCUCUAUCCUUGACGCCCUGUCCAAGCCCGCUGCUAAACCUACAGCCACCAAAAAGACCACUGUCGUAAAGGCGACGUCCAGCGAAUCCGAGGGCUCUGCUCCUGCACCGGCAGCCAAAAAAGCAGCCGUUCGAAAGAGGAAGGUCGCACUGAGCAGCGACGACUCGGACAGUGACUCUGAUGGAGGCAACCUCAUGGCCCGCCUCAAGGGCAAAACCACAGCUGUAGGAAAGAAAAGUAAGUGGGAGGACGACGAUAGCUUUGCACUAGAAGUGACUUCACCCGCUGUGGCACCCAGGACGAAAACAGCACGCAGCACAAAGCCUGUAACUUACGCUCUGGAUUCUGACUCUGACGACGAUUUUUAAGCCACUGCCCUCACCCCACGUUGCUAUUUGUUUCCUAGCAACGUUUUGCUGUGUACAUUUAUUUUAAUACUUGAAUUAAUAAGAUCGCUUUAUAAAACUUUGUUACAUCUGAAUAUUCAAAUGGAAACUUCU